UCAGUGCCACGUUGAUGGAGUCCAGUGAGGACGUGGAAAGACGCAACCGGACCGGUACCUGCCUCUGCUGCUGCUGCACUCGAACAACAGUCCCGGAGGAACUAUUUGUUGUCACGGUUUCAUAUUCAUGUAAGAGGAACUCUGGCGUGUAAGGAUGAAGCUUAAAGAGAUCAACCGGACUGCCAUCCAGAGCUGGAGUCCCUCACAGCAGCAUCCCAUCUACCUGGCCACAGGAACAUCUGCCCAGCAGCUGGACGCCUCCUUCAGCACCAAUGCCUCCCUGGAGCUCUUCGAGCUGGACCUGGUUGACCCAUCGCUAGACAUGAAGCCGCGUGGCAGCUUCUCGUCAACGCACAGAUACCACAAGCUGGUCUGGAGCUCAUAUGGGAUGGAAGGCCAGGGUCACGAGUCUGGGGUCCUCAUCGCUGGCGGUGAGAACGGUAACGUGAUUCUGUACGACCCGGCGAAGAUCAUGGCCGGGGAGAGCGACGUGAUCAUCGCGGAGAGCGAGAGGCACCAGGGCCCAGUGAGAGCUCUGGACGUCAACCCUUUCCAGACCAACCUUGUGGCGUCUGGAGGGAGCGAGUCCGAAAUCUUCAUUUGGGACAUGAACAACUUUGACUCGCCCAUGACUCCUGGACCCAAAAACCAGCAGCUGGAGGACGUCAGCUGUGUGUCCUGGAACAAACAGGUCCAGCACAUCCUGGCGUCGGCCAGUCCGAGCGGCAGGGCGUCUGUUUGGGACCUCCGGAAGAACGACCUGAUCAUCAAAGUCAGCGACCACAGCAACAGAAUGCACUGCUCUGGUCUGGCCUGGAACCCUGAGGUGGCCACGCAACUGGUCCUGGCCUCCGAGGACGACCGGAUGCCCGUCAUCCAAAUGUGGGAUUUGCGUUUCGCCACCUCUCCACUCAAGAUUCUGGAGAGUCAUACCCGGGGAGUCCUGUCCAUCGCCUGGAGUUUGGCUGACCCAGAGCUGCUGCUGAGCUGUGGGAAGGACAGCAGGAUUCUCUGCUGGAACCCCAACACGGCAGAGGUUCUGUAUGAGCUCCCCACCGGCACUCAGUGGUGCUUCGACGUCCAGUGGUGCCCCAGGAACCCGGCGGUUCUGUCGGCCGCCUGCUUUGACGGACACAUCGACAUCUACUCCAUCAUGGGCGGCAGCAGCCAGGCGCAGAGCCAGAGACGAGCAGACCAGAUCAGCAACUCGUUUGGGAACAUGGAUCCAUUUGGGACGGGUCAGGUGCUGCCACCGCUGCAGCUUCCUCAAACCACCGCUGUGCCUGCCACCGUCAACCCGCUGAAGAAGCCGCCCAAGUGGAUCCGCCGGCCCUUGUGUGCCUCUUUUGCUUUCGGAGGGAAGCUGGUGACCCUGGAGAACUGCAGGCCCAGCCCCCAGCAGCCACAGCAGCCCACUGCACACCUGGUCCACAUCAGCCAAGUCGUCACCGAGACCGAGUUCCUGAACCGAUCCGAUCGGCUGCAGGCGACCCUGACUGGCGGGAGCUUUGUGGAGUUCUGUCAGGAGAAGAUGGAUUUGGCGGAGAAUGACUUCGACAAGACUGUGUGGUCAUUUCUCAAGGCCAACUUUGACAGCGAUGUCCGCAGCAAGUUCCUGGAGCUCCUGGGCUACAACAAAGAAGAGCUCGCCGCCAAGAUCUCCACUGCUCUAGAAGGGAAAACCACCACUCCACAGGGAGACCUCCAGCCCCCUGUCGCAGCAGCCCCGGCUGACUUGGAGGUCGUGCAUCAGUCUGCCUCUCCUGAAGAUGCCUUUGAAAUGAUUGCAGCUGCAAACCUGCAGCCGGCUGCCUCGCUGGACUUGGAGCCUGAGGAAGAUCUAGAAAGAGACCUGAACGACAGUGUGGACCCGAUCACCGCAGAGGAGGAGGAGGAGAUCCCCCUCGAGGAGGACUCUCCAGCUGAAGUCGAGCCGAGUCCUGCUGCAGCUCCAGUUGUGGGGUCUGAAGUGGCUGCAGCUCCAGCAGGGGGCGCCACACUGUCUGUCAGUCAGGAUGUCGAUGGGCUGAUCACUCAAGCUCUGCUGACCGGAGACUUUGAGGGAGCUGUGGAACUCUGUCUCCAUGACAACAGGAUGGCCGACAGCAUCAUCCUGGCCAUUGCUGGUGGACAAGAGCUCCUGGAGAGAACGCAAAAGAAGUACUUAAGCCAGACACGCAGCAAGCUCACCAAGCUCAUCAGCGCCGUGGUGACGAAGGACUGGCACGACAUCCUGAAGACAUGCGAUCUGCAGAGCUGGAAGGAAGCGCUUGCCGCUGUAAUGACCUACGCUCAGCCCGAGGAGUUUUCAUCCCUCUGUGACCUGCUCGGCGACAGACUGGAGGCCGCCGAUGAUGUCCAGCUCCGACUCCGUGCCUGUCUGUGUUACAUCUGUGCCGGCAACAUCGAGAAGCUGGUGUCCUGCUGGACCAGAGCUCAGGAUGGACGAAGUCCUCUGUCUCUACAGGACCUGGUGGAAAAGGUGGUGGUGCUGCGACGGGCUGUUGAGCAGACGCAGUGCUCCAGUCCUGCUACCGUCGGAAUCUUGCUGGCCGAGAAGAUGAGUCAGUACGCUGCCCUGCUGGCCUCCCAGGGAAGCUUGUCCACCGCCAUCACCUACCUGCCUGACAACACCAACCAGGUCACUGUCCAGCAGCUCCGUGAGCGUCUGAGCCGGGCGUUGAACCAGCAACCUGUGGCCGCGGCACCCUCUCGCAGGGCACAGCCACCUGCAGCACCGCAUCACUUCACUCCAGUCCAUCCUGGCAUGGUGCCGCAGCCUGCUGCUCCGGCGCCGAGCCCUGCCUCAGCUCCUGCACCGAUGCAGUACUACCAGCCCAUGAGGGCUGCAGCCACUGUCACCUCCUGGAGUAACCAAACUCCCACAGCCCUCCCCAAUGCCCCCCCUGCUCCUCCAGUAGGCCCAGGUCCAGACCAGCAGGUGGACCCCCCACAUCCCCCUCACCCAGGGUACGGCAUGACGGCUGCCGCUGUAGCAGCUCCGCCUCCUUCCUCCAACGCCACAUACAUGCUCUCUCAGCAGUACCAGCCCUUCUCCCCGGUCAGCCAGUACCCGCCCGGAACUGCAGGGGCGCCCUUCUCCUACCAGCAUGCCCAGCUCUCCUCCUCCGCCUCCCCUGCUCUGCCUCCAGCAGAGCCCUGCGCGCCGGCGCCUCCGCCUGGCUUCCUCUCACAGUACACUCAGCCUCCUGUCUAUCAGCCUGUCAGCCUGUCUUCCUCUCCUCCUUCCGUCGCUCCGUUCUUUCCCUCCUCCUCCGCUGCAGCGUAUGUGCAGCAGGGCGGUCCGGGAUCUCCGGCGUCCUACCAGCCACCGGGUGGAGCCUCAGGUGACCGCCGCCUCUCAGGACCCCAGAAUGGCUGGAAUGACCCCCCCACUCUCAGCCGGUCUCUGAAGAAGAAACAGGUCACAGAGAACUACACCCCACCGGCUCCAAUCACCGCCCCCAUCAUGGCGCCAGUGGGUGGCGACCCUCCCGCCACCAUGGCCCAGGGUCAGUACCCAGGGACGCAGCAGCCCUACCCGACUUCUGCCAUGAACCCGGGCGUGCCGGCCACUGGCAUGGAGGGAGCACCUGGCGCCCCCACAGGGGACCUGAUCCAGCCUCUGCAGUCGAUCCCAGCGGAGAAGAUCACCAAGAAGCCCAUCCCAGAGGAGCAUCUGGUCCUGAAGACCACCUUCGAGGGUCUGAUCCAGAAAUGUCUGGCAGCAGCUGGCGACCCGCAAACCAAGAGGAAACUGGAUGAUGCCACCAAACGCCUGGAGGCGCUGUACGACAAACUGCGGGAGCAAGCGCUCUCUCCGGCCAUCGUGGGAGGCCUGCACAACAUGGCCCGGAGCAUCGAGUCGCGGUCCUACGCCGAAGGCCUCAACAUCCACACGCACAUCGUCAGCAACAGCAACUUCAGCGAGACGUCGGCGUUCAUGCCCGUCCUCAAGGUCGUGCUGACACAAGCCAAUAAGCUGGGCGUGUGAGGGCCGGACCGGGAAGCUGCUUCGGACUCCGAUUUCAGCCUCCAAACAGCAACAGGUUCUUCAGCACCAUGUUCCGAAUCAGUCCACUGGGUUUUACUCCAAAUUUUUAACAGAAAAAAACUGCCUCCAGAGGAAGAAACACGCCCCACACUGCUCACCAACACAGGCCUCUGGAGGUCUCCGAAAACAAGCGCGCUGACUCCUGUACAAUCUCCAUGAUUCUUCCAGCGGUCACUGAUUCCAAAUCCUCCACGUUUGUACGAUUUUAGCCUCAAUCAGUUUCUGAUCUCAUUGAAGUCUUUAAAUCACAGGCAGGUGAAAAUGAUUUUAUGAUUGUGUUGCCUUCCGAUGCCAACCUUGAACAGGAAAGGUUGGUGUCGUCCUGUGUCUCGACUGAAGCCAUAAACACUGUGGUCCAAGUUCAUUGUCAAGAGGGGAUUAAGGGCUAAAGUCAUCAGGACACGUGUUGCUCGAGUUUCUUUGUUCUGUCAGGAAAACCGCUUUAAAAUGUUAGUUUUCCAGCGUGAGCUCUACAUGCCACUUUUCAUUUCAGCGUCACGCUUGAGUCAACUUUGAACCACUGUUAAACUGCUUGCUAAUGAUGUCGCUAAUAGUCCAGCGGGAAUGAUCCCAAAGCGAAUGAAAUGUAAUGAGUCUUCCCUACAAUUUUCUGUUCUUAAAAAUUGACAAACCUUCCAAAACUCUUGGGUUCACUACUGUUAGGCAGGUGUGUUUCACCGCCCCAUCGCUGGAACGCCUUGACACGAGUGCAGGUUUCCGUACAUGUGGGACCAAAGUUUUGUUCAAUCCAGUCGUGUGUUUUCCGGAGUGGACGACGCUCCGGCUGCAUGUUCCACACCCGUCGGACAUCAGAAAGGGAACUUGAUUUUCAUUCCGAAUCCGUCGAGGGCCGCCACUCUCGCGUCACGUUGACUCGAAGAGGAGUUUGCUGUCCCUUGACUACCUUCUUUUUAAUAAACAGUAUUUAUUUACAGCUGCUGAG